UUCGCUCAGUGGGCCAUGCCGCCGGACGCAGCGGCGGCAGGUCGACGUGGAGAUGCCUCCACACCCGGUGGCGGCAGGCCCCGCCAUCCACCACGCGCGCCGACGACCGCGCCCAGAAUCUCCCUGGCCGACCAGCUCCGACAUCAGCUGGUGACACUGACUAAAGCUGACUGCACUGAUUUCAAGUGUCGGAUUUUUCCGCUCGAUACAGGAAAUUAACCACCGAAAGCGCCCUAUAUGCGUAGGAAUUCUGUGCAGAUACAGCAAUUAGAGCACCGACGGCCGAUACCAAUAACUGUGCGCUAAUUUUUUGGUACUGCUCACACUAAUUGAAGGCUAUAUAAGUCGGCUUCCCCGCAUAAAAAUCGAAACAGCAGGAUCAAGUUUGCCUUCUCCGCGUCUCUGUUUCGUGCGCAAAAUAUUGAAGUGAGUAUGAGUGUGCCUUGUUCGGACCAGGAUUUUAGGCCGAUGAAGGGGAAGAAUGCAAGCUUGCCACCGGGGGUGAGAGCAGAGAGGUGUUGGUGCGGCCGCCUUGCGAAGGUGAAGGAGGUGGUUGAUUUUUCUGAUAAGUUCGGCAUGAAAUAUUUCAUGUGCGCGAGCUAUGAUCAUGAUCCACCCAGGCAAACAAGUUCAUCGUCCUCGAGGCCUGCGUCUCCCCCGCCCCUUUGCAUGUGGUUUCACUGGAUAGACCAGGAGCAGCCGGAGUGGGCACGCCGCGAGGUGGAGGAGAAACAACGGCGUGCAUGGGCAAGGUUCCAUGAGGAGGAGCGUUUCGAAAAGGUUAUUGCUAAUGAUAAAGCAGAAAGAGAAAGACAAAUACAAAAAUUAAGGGCGGAGCAAGCUCGAAAUCGUGAGGUGAAUCAGAAGAGGAUGGAUGAUGAGGCUGCACGUAGGUAUGCAGAGGAAGAGGUGCGCAGAGAGGCCCGUGAAGCGGAGAGGAAGAGAUUAAGGAAAAGAGCCGCCGAGGCGCAAGCGGCAGAAGAACGCGGCGACAAGUCUGGAAAAUGGCCACGGUGGACACAGGGCAAAUAGAGUGAUCUGUUGUACUAGCUAUGUAUGUUAAUUUCAGUUUUACUUUCGCGUUGUAUCUUAAAAUUCGUUGCAGUUAUUAUGUUGUAUCUUAAACGUUUUUACUUAUGUUGUAUCUUCAUUAUUGGAGUUAAUUUAGAAAUUAAACUUAUUGGAACUAAU